CUGAACCCCCAGAAAAGAGUCGGGAAGACGGCCGGUGGGACGUGCAAACCGCUGCUCUCGUUUCUACUUCCUGGUCCUCCCUGACAGUCAGGCAUGUCCUAUCACGUGUAUUCCGGAGAGGCAGAGACCCGGGAGCCGCUUCUCACCGGUGGUUAUCUGGAGCCAGACCACCUGGACUCGGAUGAAGGUGAAAUAAUAUUUGACAGAACCUCCAACCUAAAACAUGAUGCUGUUGGAAGUACAAGGAGAAAAUUAACAUAUGAAGAGGCAGUUGAGGAAGCAGGUUUCGGUUUGUUCCACUACCUGCUGUUGGUGGUUUGUGGAUGGGCCAAUGCCAGUGAUGCCGUGGAGAUCCUCUGUGUGUCUUUUCUGCUGCCAACGGCUCGCUGUGAUCUGCAGCUCAACUCCUCAGACAUGGGCCUCCUCACCGCCAGCAUUUUUCUCGGGAUGAUGGUGGGUGGAUACAUGUGGGGGUACUUGGCCGACCAGAGGGGGCGCCGCAGGGUCUUGGUCAUGUCCCUGACGGUCAACGGGCUCUUUGGAGGUCUUGCCAGCAUUGCUCCGAGGUUCUGGCUCUUCCUGCUCCUGCGGUUCAUCAGUGGUGUCGGAGUCGGGGGGUCGAUUCCUGUUAUUUUCUCCUACUUCUCUGAGUUCAUGCCCCGUCUGAGGAGAGGGGCUAUGAUCAGCGCUCUGGCCACAUUCUGGAUGGCGGGAAACAUCCUGGCUGCAGGUCUGGCCUGGGUUGUUAUUCCGAACACAUGGGCUCACUUUCAAAGCUGGAGGUUGUUCGUGGUGCUGUGCUCCGUUCCCAGCCUCACCUCGGCUCUUCUCUUCAGGCUGCUCAUGCCUGAAAGCCCCAGGUUCCUCAUGGAGACUGGUCAGGAGAAAGAGGCCAUUCGUGUCUUCCAGAUGAUGUACAAGCUAAACACAUGUGGGAAAGGAAAGGCUUUUAGGGAAUGUAGUUUGUGCUGCCGCUCCAAAAAAAAACCAGAGCUGGAGGACAGCCGAACUUUGGCUUCACGGAAAGAACAACUAGUUAAUAUUGUCAAAAAGGCCUUGUUGCCCGUCAAACAGAUGUUUAAAGAAAAACUGAAAACCAGGAGCAUUGCUCUGGUCAUCGUCUUCUACUGCAUCUCAUUCGGUUAUUAUGGGCUGUGGAUGUGGUUUCCGGAGCUGUUUGAGAGGGUUGAGGAUGGAGGCUCGCCCUGCGCCAACGUGUCCCGCCCUUCUCCGCUUCACAACCAGAGCUGCUACCCAGUGAAGACAGCAGUUUACAUGGAAGGUUUCGUUAUUGCUGCGUCAAACUUACCAGGGAACAUCUUCACCAUCCUGAUGAUGGACAGCACUGGAGGAAAGGCACUGCUCUGUUUUAGUCUAUUCAUGUCCAGUUUGAGUGUUUUCCUCAUCUACUUGGUCCACACCAAAUCUCAGAGUCUGAUCCUGUCCUGUGUGUUCAGUGGCGUUUCCGUCAUCGCAUGGAACGCCCUCGAUGUGGUUGGAACUGAGCUCUACCCGACUCAGCUACGGUCCUCUGCUCUGGGUUUCUUCACCGGAGUGGGCCGAGUGGCGGCGAUCACAGGUAACAUAGUGUUCGGGAAGCUGGUGGACACCAACUGUGCCGUCCCGGUCCUGCUGGUGUCCGGUCUUCUGCUCACUGGAGGACUAGCGGCUCUCCUCCUUCCACAAACCAGACAAACGGAGCUCACUUGAUCACACGGGCCUGGACCUAUUUUUAUUUCCCACAUGCAGAAUGAAUCGUUAGUGAACAUCCUCUUACUGUCAGACAGGAGGAUCGCUGCCUUUUGAAGUUCCACCAACAUUUAUCUCCUGUUUCUCUUCUCACAUAUUUAAAUCCUGUGCCUUUUUUGUGCCUCAUUAAAAAUGCCAAAAGACAGUCAGCUCUUUUCACCUUCCAGCCUUAUUUGGAAAGUUUAAAGAAAGUAGAAAUGUACUUAAUAUUCUGAACCCUGGUGCAUUCACAACCUCUACAGGCAUUAGUUUGAACUGUCAAGGACACCUUCAAAAAGUUUAAGUCUGUAUGUACAGGAGAAAAGUAAAGAAAUGUGUCGAUCCUAAUGUUAGAGGAUGAACCCCUGGGGAGAAAAUCUCCUUGACUGUUUUCAACACCUGAAUCUUUAAAAGCAGUUUCAGGCUUGUACGUGACAUGCGUCUUUAUCUUUGGGUUUUGCCUUAUCGAAAGCACUAAGUGAAGGUAAAGGAGAAAAUGCUGCACAUUCCAACAAUCUUUCCACGUGCAUCUGUUUUACACUGGAAUUAAUUAGCUUUGAAUGAACGCAUUUUCAGGUUGACUGACUUUUUGUGAUGUAUAGUCAUAAGUUAAAGAAUAAAAGGACACCCACUUUGAAUUCAUGAUUUUACACAUUAGGACAUGAUAAAAA